AUGUCUGACAAGACGAGGCAGUCCUCUGGCGGCCGGUCUUUAUUCUCACGAAGUAAGCACAAAGACAAGCGCUUGACCGAAGAAUCGAGAUACCCCGCAGACGAUGCCGCCAGUUUUCGCUCCUCGCGCCACAAACGAGAGUCGUCUGCCAUUUCGUUGGAUCGCCCAGAAUCUUCUGAUGGCGGUAUCAACCAGAUGGCAGGCGUAAUUACGUCGAUACCCUACGAUGCCGUUGGAGGUGGAUCACGCUCUCCCAUACCCGUCGAGUAUCUGCCCAAGGGCGAGCAGAUGCCAGUGCGCCGUGAACCUCUUCCGCACCACCUGAACAAAAAUGGCCUGGACUUUCACCAAUACCCGAGCUGGGAUGGGACGUCGGCACAGUCUGGUGCCCAUUCCCCUGGGCGACAACCUCUUGGAUAUGGAUAUGGCAAUGUUACUAUGGCUUCAACGGGCCGUCAGACCCAGUAUCAGCAAUGGGGUCCGCCCAGGGGCAGCUCUUCCCACUCGAAUAAUCCCCCCAACCCUCGAUACGACUCAUAUAUGUCAUCUAAUGCUCGGGGCUCGGCUGAUAAUCUGAGCAUUCAGUCAGGUAAUACAGGUUUCAUUGAUGGAAGGAUAUCACGCUCACCACAUGUAGCUAUGCCCAGUGCCUCUUCUCAGAGCUCUUAUGCUGCUUCUCAGCACUCGAACCGCGAUUCUCACCGGUUUACCAAAUUUCCGUCUGGCCCUCCUCCAGGACAAAGCGAUCCACAGGGUGGUUUCUAUUUCCCAAAACCAGACGACGAUAAUGUGGUCGAGCAGAUGUUCCUCCAACUGAUGCAGAAGCGAGGAUGGCACAAUCUCCCUGAGCAGGCCAGGAGACAGAUGAUGGCCUACCCCGCCCAGAAGAAGUGGACGCUCAUCUAUCAGGAUCGACUUACUGAAUGGCAAGGCGAGCAGAAGCGCCGACAAACAGCACGCCCGAACCAGUAUACCGCGACUCCCGAUAUCACGACGUACUCAGAUGAAGAAGGCACUCCUGAAUGGUACGUGCGGCGAGUUAUGGAGGAUCGCCUUGACACGAAAGGUAUGGGAAGUUUGGAAGUCAAUUUGCGAACACAACAAAUCGGUUGGGUCAAGAGAUUCGUUGAGUGUCAGGGACAGGUCGCUCUGAUGACCUUGCUGCUUAAGAUCAACCGCAGGACAGCACAGGGGCCAGUCCAGGAUAACACCCGUAUCGACAAGAACCUCGAUCGCGAAUAUGAUAUUAUCAAGUGUGUAAAGGCGCUCAUGAACAACAAAUUCGGCGCCGACGAUGCCUUGAUUCACCAGAAGGUCAUGGUAGCCCUUGCUAGCUCUCUUAUAUCCCCUCGUCUCACCACGCGGAAGCUUGUCAGCGAGAUUAUAACCUUCCUAUGCACCUGGGGAGAGAAUGCCGAAGGUCAUCUGAAGGUCAUUCAGGCGCUGGACGAGGUCAAGACCGCAUCUGGAGAAAAUGGCCGAUUCGAUGCUUGGAUGCGUUUGGUGGAGGUCACCAUUGAUGGUAGGGGCAAGAUGGGAAGUUUGGUCGGUGCUAGCGAAGAGUUGAGGACUGGAGGUAUUGGAAUGGAGAACUUGCUAAUGGAAUACGCCGUUGCGACUCUCAUGCUUGUCAACAUGAUCAUCGAUUCGCCUGAGAGAGACCUGGAGUUGAGGAUACACAUUCGAGCCCAAUUUACAGCAUGUGGUAUCAAGCGAAUCUUAACGAAGAUGGAGGAGUUCCAAUACGAACUCUUGGACAAACAGAUUGAACGGUUCAGAACAAACGAAGCCAUUGACUAUGAGGAUAUGCUUGAGAGGGAGAAUAGUAGUAUCAAGGACGAUGUCGAGGGCGAGGUCAAGGAUCUGACUGAUCCCGUUCAAAUCGCCGAUGCUAUUCAGCAGCGUCUUCAUGGCACCAAGACCAACGACUACUUCAUUUCGGCUCUGCAGCAUCUUAUGCUCAUCCGAGCAAACGAUGGCGAGGAACGACUACGCAUGUUCCAGCUGGUCGAUUCCAUGCUUAGCUACGUUGCUAUGGAUCGGCGACUGCCGAACAUGGAUCUCAAGCAGAGUCUCAACUUCACGGUUCAAAGUCUCCUCGACAAAUUGCAUACAGACUCAGAAGCCAGGCAAGCCCAGGAUGAGGCCCUUGAAUCGCGACAAAUCGCCGAGGCCGCGAUGGCUGAGCGUGAUGAGAUGAAGGCUCAGCUUGAGCUGGGUGCUGAUGGACUGGUCGCCAAAUUACAAAAGCAACUGGACGAACAAUCUCGUUUCAUCGAUGCUCAAAGAAGACAGGCAGAUGGACUCAAAGCUGAAUUGGACAGUAUGCAGACUAUGAGAGCCAAGGAAGCCCAGCGAUACGAGUUGGAAACAAGAGAGCUAUACCUGAUGCUUCGAGAUGCACAGGACGUAGCUGCUUCCAAGGCUAUCAAAAGCGCUGCUGCUGCUAGCAGCGCCAGCAGCAAGAUGGCUGGCGUGGAAGACCCUGCUCGUAUGCAGGGUAUCCUAGAUCGCGAACGCCUCAUGGAGCGGUUACAGAUGCAGAUCGAGCGGCAGAAGACACAAUACAAGCUUGAGGGACGUGUUUGGGGAGACGCUGUUGGGCCUUCAGACCGUCUUCGAGCCCUGCGCGAAGAGAUGGAUGACAGGCCUGGAACACCUCCUGGUGGUGGUACACCUCCUCGGGACUUCACCAACAGCGUUCUGGGCAGCAUCCACCGCAAUACCAAGAUUCCACGCAAGCCCCUUAAGAGACGCUCUGAUGGUGAGGUGAUCGAUGAGGACGACGAGACUGAGGGCGAGGAUGGUGUCAUCUUCGAGAAGCCAAGAAUUGUCGAGAUGAAGCGACCUACGAUAGACCCCAAGCAGCAAGCUGGCUUGCUUGGUGAGAUUGGGUCCAAGGUCAAGAAGUUCGAUGCCAGUGAUUCUGAAGAUGAUACCACCGGUCCUUCUCACCCUAGUAUGGAGACUUCAUCACCUAUCACCCCCCCAGGUGAUAGCGACACUCCCAAAAUCGAAGUCACUGGUGCUGCUCCUCCGCCUCCGCCGCCACCUCCACCUCCUCCGAUGCCCGGUCAAAUACCCGGAGCUCCGCCACCGCCGCCUCCGCCGCCGCCUCCCCCUAUGCCGGGCCAGAUUCCUGGUGCCCCUCCGCCUCCGCCUCCGUUGCCUGGUGCUGGAGGUAUGCCCCCUCCGCCACCUCCUUUGCCUGGUGCUAUGUCUGGGCACUUCUUGGCUCGACAACCCGCUUUCGGGGCUGCACCAAGCAUUGGCCUGCCCGUGGUUCGUCCCAAGAAGAAGCUCAAGGCCCUGCAUUGGGAGAAGGUCGAUGCCCCUGAGACCAGCCACUGGGCAGCCCAUACCCCCUCUGCCGAAGCCCGAGAGGAGAAGUAUCAGGAGCUCAGCAAGAAGGGUAUUCUCGACGAGGUUGAGAAACUGUUCAUGGCUAAGGAGAUCAAGAAGAUUGGUAUAGGAAGCUCUUCUAAGAAAGAUGACAAGAAGCAAAUCAUCUCUUCUGAUCUCCGCAAGGCCUAUGAAAUUGCAUUUGCCAAGUUUUCACAGUACUCUGUCGAAAAGAUUGUUCAAAUGAUCAUUCACUGCGAUCCAGAGAUUCUAGACAACACUGUAGUGAUGGACUUUUUGCAGAAGGACGACCUCUGUAAUAUCCCCGACAACACAGUCAAGCAAAUGGCACCGUACAGCAAGGACUGGACUGGACCUGAUGCCAAGUCCCAAGACCGUGAACUUGACCCCUCGGAGCUCACUCGACAAGAUCAGCUUUACCUCUACACGGCUUUUGAAUUACACCACUACUGGAAGAGCCGAAUGAGGGCCCUUGCUCUUACUAGAAGCUUUGAGCAAGAGUACGAAGAGAUUAACGAGAAGAUCCGACAGGUUGUGACAGUAUCUGAGUCGCUACGCGAUUCCGUUUCAUUGAUGAACGUACUUGGUCUUAUUUUGGAUAUUGGUAAUUACAUGAACGAUGCGAACAAGCAAGCGCGUGGUUUCAAGCUCAGCUCUCUUGCAAGAUUGGGUAUGGUCAAGGACGACAAGAACGAGUCAACAUUGGCCGAUCUCGUGGAGCGUAUUGUACGGAACCAGUACCCUGAGUGGGAGACAUUUGCGGAUGAUAUCAACGGAGUUAUGACGGCACAGAAGAUCAACAUUGAGCAACUUCAGGCUGAUGCAAAGAAAUACAUCGACAACAUUCGAAAUAUUCAAAUGUCAUUGGAUUCUGGUAACCUAAGCGACCCCAAGCAGUUCCAUCCCCAGGACCGAGUGAGUCAAAUCGUCCAACGCAUUAUGAAGGAAGCCCGAAGAAAAUCCGAACAGAUGGAGCUGUACUUGGAAGAAAUGAUGAAGACAUACAAGGAUAUCAUGGUAUUUUACGGCGAGGACCCCGCAGAUGAUGGUGCCCGCCGAGAUUUCUUUGCCAAGUUGGCAUUGUUCGUUGGAGAGUGGAAGAAGUCUCGUGACAAGAACAUGCAGGUGGAAGAGACAAGGAAGCGUAACGAGGCGUCAAUGAAACGGAAGCACACAGCACAACUCAAACUUACCAACGCCAACGCCGAGGCGGGACCGACGUCCCCAUCCAAUACCGGCGCCAUGGACUCCCUCCUGGAGAAGCUACGUGCAGCUGCGCCGCAAGCUCGGGACCAGAGAGACCGAAGAAGGCGUGCGCGACUCAAGGAUCGUCACCAGGUCCGCGUUGCGUCAGGACAAAAGAUCCCCGACCUUGACGAAAUCCCAGAAGUGGAAGCUGGCCUCAAGAACAAGGAGGAACCCACCGAAGACGACAGCAAAGUGCUCAGCCCCGGCCUCUCAUCACCUCGUGAAGGUGAAGACGACGUUGCCGAUAGAGCAGCAGCUCUCCUACAAGGUAUGCGCGGUGGUGAUGGCGCAGAUGACAACGAUCCCGAGAGGAGAGAAACCCUCCGAAAAGCCAGACGGCAGACAGCAGAGGAAGAGAGAAGGCUACGAAGACGGCGAAGAGAAAGGGCGACUACAAAUCAGUCAGAAGAGAACCCCGAUGAACAAAAGGAAGAACCCAGGGAAGAGCCAAAGGUAGAAGAAGGAGAGGCGGCCAAAGAGCCACCGAAGGAAGAAGAAGCGCCUAUAGAAGAUGAUGUUCCAACACCUAGAGCCGCGACUACCGGCGACAGUGCCCCAGAAGAAGAGCAAGGGGAAAACGCAUAG